UUGCUGUCCCUUUCCUCCUCCUUCUUAAGCAGCAGCGCCUUCCUCCUGCUCCUCCUCCCCCUCAGCCCCCACGCAUACGCACCGUGCAGCGGGAGCAGAGCGCCGCAGCGUCACCUCGGACCACCGAGGGCUGCUGGCAGGCAGGGGGGGGAGCUCAAAAGGCAAACAAGACUCUCUCUCUCUCUGCUUUCUCCCCGUUUGAGGUUUGACCUCUCCUCCAGCUCCAGAGGCCCCCCGCAAGUCUCUCGCGACGACCGUCGCCGGCAAUGGCGGCCGCCUCGGAGGAGUCCGUCAAGCAGUUCUCCGCGCUCAUGGAGCAGCUGGAGGAGCCGCUCAAGACCACAUUCCAGAAUGUGCACCAAGGAUAUCCAAGAGGGACUCUGCUGCGUUUUCUAAAGGCCAGAGAAUGGAACGUCCCCAAGGCUUAUAAAAUGCUAAUGGAUUGCUUGAAUUGGAGGCUUCAGAAUGAGAUUGACAGCGUUCUAGCCAAACCAAUAUUGCCCGCUGAUUUGUAUAGAUCUAUUCGUGAUACGCUACUUGUUGGAUUAACAGGAUAUUCCAAGCAGGGUCAACCUGUCUAUGCAUUUGGUGUUGGACUCAGUACCUUCGACAGAGCAUCGGUGAACUACUAUUUGCAGUCUCACAUACAGAUGAAUGAAUAUCGAGAUCGUGUUGUCCUGCCAGGUGCAUCUGAGAGGUCCGGAAGACAGAUUAACACCUGCUUAAAAGUUAUGGAUAUGACUGGCCUGAAGCUUUCUGCUUUGAACCAAAUAAAGAUGUUGAGCACGAUAACAGCUGUUGAUGACCUUAAUUAUCCUGAGAAGACCGAGACGUAUUACAUCGUGAACGCUCCAUAUGUUUUUUCGGCAUGUUGGAAGGUUGUGAAGCCUCUUUUACAAGAACGAACUAAGAAGAAGAUCAAAGUCUUGUAUGGCCCUGGAAGAGAUGAAUUACUGAAGGUGAUGGACUACGCGUCGCUCCCGCACUUCUGCAAGAGGGAAGGGUCCGGUUCAGGUUCGUCGUCGGACGAAGUCGACUGCUACUCGUACGACCAUCCUUUCCACCAGCAGCUGUACAACUAUGUGAAGCAGCAAGCUGCGAGGAACCAGGAGGACGGCGCCGGCCCCGUGAAGCAAGGGUCGAUGCAUGUGAGGGUGCCGACGCCGGACCUGGAGGAGGCCAAGAUCAUGGAGACGAUCCAGUCGGAACUCCACAGCCUCAAGGGAGGUGACGGCAUUUCCCGCUCCUUCAACAGGAUCACCAUCGAAGGCCCGUGAGUGAUGAUCGGAGCCGAUCCAUGAUGAUCGGAGCGCCCGAGAUCGCGCCGCGGAGGGAGGUAAUCGCUUAUCGCUAUCUUAUUUGACGCCAGAAGAUUUCUCUGGGGUUUAUGGCGGUUCUUGCUUGCAUUGUAACCGCUGGCUGCAAGGCUCGACUAGGAUCAUGUCGGUAGAGGAAGUAGUAGCAGCAGUAGUAAAACAUCGGAUUCUAAUAACCGAGUUGAGUCUGUAUCGUGUUGUCGUAAGAUGGUGGUAGUAAUUUAGCUAUGAUUAACCCUGCUAAUGGAUGUAAUGUACCAUUUGCGCGUUACUGUUUCCAUGCUUCUCAUGGCAGGGAAGUGUCAUCAUGUUUCCAGACAUGAGUGGCACGAGCUCUAUCUUCUAUGUAUCGUAUCAAUCAGUAUAUAUAUAAUAUAUGUAUGUGUAUGUAA